AUUUUGCCGCCUGCCUGCGCGUGCCCGACUGCGCAGUUUCGUGACCACGGUGUCGACUCCGCCUGCGGACCCGCCUUGAGUCUCGGUUUACUUGUCCUCAGCAAAGGGAGUCGGCUCUUCCCUUAAAAAAAACUUCCCAAUGUCCCAAGAAGAUUCUCUCGCUGAAGCUGCAGGCCCUUGCAAGAAAGGGGAGGACAAGGAAGACCAGCAGACCAGCGAUUACUACCAAGUCCAUGAGAACUUGCCGCCCCGAUUCAAUCGCCCAGGAUGGUUCCGUGGGUACAGGAUCAAAGAACGCAAUCCAUUGUUCAGAACAACCAACAUGGACUACGGCAGAAAACCACCCACCGUACACGAAAUGCCGGUAAAUACAAGAGAAGGAACAAUUACAACCUGCUUCCAUGUCAGCCCCCACACUUUCACGGAUCAUCUCAUCAAGUUUGGCAUGUACAGGAAUACCGGGAUCAAUACCUCCACUGAGAAAAGUGACGUGACUGGCCCAGACAACUUGAUCACUUAUUUUGACACAUUCAACUUCCACCCCAGUUACAGGACGGGCGGACCAUCCUUCUGCGAGUAGCUUGGAGCGAGGGGACUUCCUCUGUCCUUUGGUUCCUGCUGCUUAAAUUGCCAAGUCGCAAAACAAUAAAUGGUUUGUAAAAUGCCUAUCUGAAAAUGCUUGAAGAAACGUGUGUGGUGCUCAUCUACUUUUUGCAGAAGUGCAGACUUCACACUUGCUUCACAAUCAUUUGGAAUGCUCCCACAGACUUUUGUGAGACUCCUCUGGAGUAAAUGUUUUGUGGCUUGCAAGCUGUGGCAAAGAGAUAACUUCUAUGUUCAGCAAAGUUUCUGUAACAUCACUUGCCAUUAUUAACAAUUGUGAAUUAGUAAUAGGCUCUUGUGUAGUGUAACUUCACACUUAAUUCUGUGUUGUUUCAAAUGGGCCUGGAUCUAGAGCAAAGGUCAUAUGGUAGGCAUCUGUAUAUCUGAAACAUAGAUGAGCAAAUAGACAAAAUGAAUGCUCUUGUGCAAAAAUCUUUCUAGAUCAGAAGCCUACUCAUUCACAAUACCACUCAGGAAUGGCUUAUCCUUAUUUGAAACUGAUGCAGCAGCAUUUAAAUUAUUAUUUAUUUAUGGCACUUUCCAGAGUAACAUAAGCCAAAAGACAGUCGGUCCCAGGCCCAAGGAGCUUACAGAUUACAUUUUGACAGAAGGGAAGUGUUGUGGAAGGAAGGGGGAAAUGGUUCCUUUCCUUGCUCAGAAACUACCAUCGAUCAAGGGUUCCCUGGAAACCCCCCUGGUAACCAGCUGCCACCACUCAGGGAUCUCCUUAGAACACCUAGUUCUAAUCUGCCCUUUCUGGGCAAAGUGAUUGAGAGGGCAGUGGCUGACCAACUCCAGUCCUCCUUGGAUAAUUCUAGCGCUCUGACCCUUUCCAGUCAGGUUUCAGACCAGGGAAUGGGACAGAGACAGCACUAGUAGCAUUAGUGGAUGAUCUCCAUCUGAAUAUAGACAAAGGCCACGCCUCCAUAUUGCUCCUCCUGGAUCUGUCUGCAGCCUUUGACACAGUAGACCAGGCCAUC